AUGAAUAACAUCAAGGAGAUUAAGGAAAAUGCAUACUUGUAUUUGAAUGAAAACCCCUCGAGGAUGUGGUCAAGGCAUGCCUUUGAUGUAGGAGCAAGGAGUGACCAUGUCAUGAACAAUAUGACUGAGUCAUUUAAUCACUGGAUUGGAGACUUAAGGAGCAAACCCAUUCUCACAUUGGUUGAUCACCUAAAGGUGAAAAUAAUGGGUAGGCUACAUAGAAGGUAUGAGAAGGCAACCAUGUGGGAGGGUAAAGUAACACCAAGGGUUAUGGUGAAGUUGAACAAGGUUCAGCAAGAAGCAAGGCAUUGCAGGUGUCAACCGGCAGGUGAAGGUCAAUUUGAGGUCUUAAAUAGAUUUGAAAACAGAUUUGUGGUUAAUUUGAACCAUUAUAGAUGUGAUUGUAGAGUUUGGGAAAGCACUGGUAUACCUUGUCUCUAUGCUGCAACUUCUAUAUCAUACAUAAGGGGAGAGUUGGUCAACUAUUGUGAUCCAUUUUUCAGUAUUGAAAAAUACUUGGAUACAUACAAAGAGAUGAUCCAUCCACUUUCAGAUUUGGCAGUGUUGAAGGAUGAUGCUCCUAAUGAGAGAGUACUACCACCAAAUCUGAAGAGGUUACCAGGUAGACCUCACAAAAUUAGGAAAAGAGAAGCAGGAGAAGCACUUCCUUCAGAUUUCAGGAAGAGAUCAUCAUCAAUUAGGUGUGACAUCUGCAAGAAGGAAGGACACAAUAGGAGGACAUGCCCGAGGGUUGGAGAUGCUAAGCAGGGUGGAUGUACUAGUAAAAAGAAGAAUAUAAAGAAGAAACAUAAAGGAGAGAGUGAAGAUGGGAUCAGCACAUCUCAACGACUGACUAGAUCACAAGUAUCUAUGUCUAGCACAAUUGGGUGUUUACAAGACAAGGUAUUGACCAAGCAAAAGACCAAUCGAGCAAAGAGGACAGCAAGGGAGAGGGAGAAGAAAUGA